GGAAGGGAAAGGUGCAAGAAUUCUCGAUACCAGAACACUGGAAGGACCUUCGCAGUGUGAGGAGGCGCGGCGACAUCGAGUUGGUGAUGGAGUACUUGGAUCCGAAGGAAUGAUGAGCGAAGUAAUCUGAGAACUAACGGUGUCACGGUUCAACUUCACAUCACGUGAGCAGCUUUCGGAUAAUUCCGCGAAUUCAGAGCGCCCGCCGUCGCCAUAGUCGUCGUCGCCGCUGUCACCGUUGCCGACGAUCCCAACGCUUGUCGUAGGUAUCAGACUCUGAGGGGCACCCGAGUGCAGGGGCAUCGGACAUUGCCGUUGGCCUGCCGACGGGAAAUCCCACGCGAACAUGACCUCGCCGUAUCCUCCUUCCCCGCUCGUCACCGCGCCGUACAGCGCCGUCCUGGACACAUCCGACGUUGAGACCCUUUCUCCGAUGAGCCAGAACCGCCCUGAAGCCUCGGACUCGCCGAGGAGCGGGAAUCACACCCCAAUCUACAUGACACAUGCCGCCACACCCUCGACGUCCACAUUCAACAACAUCACAGUCCCCACGCCGACGGCGUCCCCGGUCGCGGGCCAGCGGCCAUCGUUGACGUCGAAGAAGUCGCGAUCGUCGCGCGUGAGUGAGCGGGAGCGCGAGAGGGAUCGGGAGGGUGUGAGGCGCGCGCCUUCGGUCGCCUCAAACAUGGUGCAGCGCACGCAGACAUCGCAGCAGAGGAUGCCCCUGCACAAGUUCCGCGCAACCCCCCGCUUCCCAAACGACAAGGACAUCGCCCCCGCGGCGCCGACCCUCAUGUACUGGAGUCGGGCACCAGUCUACGGCACGCUCCCCAUGCGCACGAUGCGCGCGCACACGGUCACCCUCAUCGACUCCGUGGCCUGGCUCUUCGGCGGGUGCGACGACAAGGAGUCUGCAAAGGACAUCUACCUCUUUGACACCGACACGAUGCAGUGGACGCACCCCGAGAUGUGCGGCGAGAUCCCCCCUCCCCUUCGCGCGCACACGGCCACGCUCGUCGAUCGCAAACUCGUCGUCUUCGGGGGCGGCCAGGGCGCGCACUACUUUGACGACGUCUACGUGCUCGACACGACCAUGCGCCGCUGGACAAAGCCAAACCCCGCGCGCCCGGACAUGCCCAAGCCCGCGCCCCGCCGUGCGCACACCGCCGUCUUCUACCGCGGCAAGACGUGGAUCUUCGGUGGCGGGAAUGGCAUGACGGCGCUCAACGAUGUGUGGACGCUCGAAAUCACGCCCACCAACGAGUACGUCUGGGAGCCAGUGAAGAUCAGCGGGCCCAAGCCGUCGUGCCGCGGAUACCACACCGCGAACCUCAUCGGAAGCAUCAUGGUCGUCGUCGGCGGAAGCGACGGCAAAGAGUGCUUCUCGGACAUGUGGUACCUCAACCUCGAGACGCUCGAGUGGCGCACGAACAAGCUCGCGGAGCCACAUAGGCGCCUGGCUCACAGCGCGACGCGCGUCGGCUCUUACCUCUUCAUCUACGGCGGGCACGACGGCACAGAGUACCUCAACGACAUGCUCUGCCUCAACCUCGUCGGGCUGCAAUACGAGUCGCGGCAGAUCAUUGGGAAGCCGCCUAGUCCGCGCGGGUAUCAUGGCGCAAUACUCGCAGACAGCCGCAUCUUCGUGUUCGGCGGCUACAACGGCGGCGGAGCGUACGACGACGUGUACGUGCUGGACCUCGCGGCGGGCGCCUACCUCCCGCAGGUGACGAGCUUCGUGGUGGGUCCGACGGAGUAAUGCAGGCGCACACAUGGUAGUGGGCUUGUGCAUCGAGACAGGCGCGCCGCUCGAAUCAGCAAAUAUACGAGCACUAAUUAUGGCGGGGCGCCUGGCAGCGCUGCUCGCCCACAUCUAAUCCAUCGAACUACCAGGCGGUAGCAGUGGAAGAGGCAACGACGGCUUCGUUGCCCUCAACGCGGACCGGAUGCAACGUUAUUGACCUCGAUGCGGAUGUUAGGCCUCGGAUGCGAGGCCGGAGGCUGGCUAUGGCCACAGUCGAUCUGGCUAGCCAGCCCGCGGUGGUGCGAGCGCCGCGUCAGAGGGGUAUGUACUGAUAUCUUUAUUCGUCCGUACAACUACUGUAUUCUUACUACUCGAGCUCCUUGUGCAAGAUGUAUAUGUGGAAUUCAACGUCAGUCUUUCUC